UCCAUUCAAUCUUCUUGAGUCAUACUUUGAAAAUACGAUUUCAAGAGCUUCGAUUUUGAGAAGCUUCUCUCCGCAGAAACAACUGUAACCAACACCAUCAACAAUAUCAUAUAUGCAAGCAACACAUUAGGAAACAUAUCCAUUCUUCUUACAUACUGUACGUCAAAAAUAUUAAAAUCACAUGGUUUAUCUUUCUCAACAAAGUCUUUUUUAUUCAAAAUCCUUAGAAAUAUCAACUGAACUAUUAGAAGUACUUGUGGAAUAUUAAAAUUAUUAACCGGAUUAUUUUCACUAACAUUUUGACUUCUAACAAAAAAAUCUAUUCAAAGACCCCUCUUAAUUAAUUAGCAUCUUCUUGUUCCCUUUUUCAUUUUGAGCAAACAAAGAUAUAACCUAAACAAUGUUUUCAUUUUUUAUUCCACUUUCAAGAUGUCAAGAAAUCUGAAAAAUGAACCAAAAAAUAAAAAAUAAAAACCCAUUUUUAAUAACUACUGUCGAAUAACAAUGAAUGAAAGAAACUACUGUCUGAUCAGAAAAUGAAUCAAUGAAUCAGAAAUCAGAAAUAAGCGAAACACAAUAGACAACAUUUUACCUGAAGCAAACCACAAAUAAAUGAGAAAGAUUGAUGGCAGCAGAUUCCGAGCUUACCCAAGCUCGAACAAAAGAGAAGACUCUUUUUAUCUAUAAAUUGAAUCACUUAAUAACAUAAUACACAUAAAUCGAAAUACAGAAAUCACCCAAAUAACUUAAAGAGAAAUAGUAUUUUUUUUUCUUUAUCCAACUCCAAUACUCAAACUGAAUCAACCUCACUACAAACAAAAUGAUAUUUAGUGGCACACAAUUUUAAUGGCAUAUCGUUUUUAUGCCACUCUAGUAUUUUAAUGGCAUAUUUUUAUAUGCCACUAUAAAAUUAAUAGAUUUAAUAAGAGUUAAUAAAAAGUUUAUGCCACUAAUAUUAAUAAGAAGUGCCCUAAAGUUAUUAAAUGUCUAUUUUCAAACAGUCUUUGUGUUGUCAUUCUCGCGUCUCACCGUAGAUCCAUCGAUCGAUUAAGCUAGUGGAUGCUUCAAGUAGCUCCCUUCGAGAACUAAUGAUUGAGACCUAUAAGUGCAAGAACACUAACCGAUCGCCUAUUCAAGAUCUCAAAGGCGGUCCCUACAAUGUAAUCAAUUGUAAGAUUUUAUUCUUUAUCUUCUCUUGUUGUCAUUUCUCAUCUGUGUCCUCCUCUAUCACCUGUAAUUGCUGUCCAACCCCACUCUUUGUCACUAACGAAGGCUGAGAAUCGGCAUCGCUUGGCGUCCCUCGGCCCCAAACCCUCCCCUCCAGAACUCGUGAACCCUAGGGGUGGUCAAAAUCGCUUUUAGGCCGAAGGUGAAGUAGGAAAAGAAGUAUGUCUCAUAGGAAGUUUGAGCACCCUGUACAUGGUUCCCAUGGAUUUUUAUCCAAGGAAACAUGUUGCUCUCCAUAGAGGGAGAGAUGACUCAAGGGCUAGCACAAACAUUCCAUGAUGGCUUCUCGGUUGGAGGCAUGUCACAGGAUUUCUUGGGUGAUGAUUUUUGGUAAAUAACGAAUUUGGACCUGGAAAUCGUAAAUCAUCAGAAGGGAAUCUGAAAGAAUCUUUGAGAUCAAUCGAUCCCAGACCCGUAAAUAUCCGUUCCAAAGUUAUGGACUCGGUGUAGUUGAUUGAUUUGGAUUAUGUUUUGGUAUCUGGUCCACUAGGGGAUACUUCAUCUAUAGCAAGUGUUAGUAAAGUGAGCCAAAAAGCAUUUAAAUCAGGAAGCCCACCUGUAUAUUCUAGGGUGAACAUUCAUUAAACACCUAGUGCACCUUUGCCCAUCAUUGGUGGGACCUCUAGUAAAAUCCGGUUGACCGGGAGCUUUGAAAGUCAAUGCUCUGCACCCUCUGGAACAUCUGAUGGAUCGGUUGAUAUAGUUGAUGCUUUAGAACAACCAUCAACUGACAGCAUGACAAGAAUCAAGUCAUUGCAUGAUUGCGCCUCUGCUAUCUCUGACUUGGUCAAUGAGAAGAUCGAGUCUGGGAAUCGAAUUGAAGCGUUUUCAAUUCAGCUUGUGAUUCUUGCUAUAUGGAAGCAAGCACUGGAUAUCUGUCACACACAGGCUGCUUCAGCUAUUAAAGGAAGUCCAAACCUAGAUAUUUCAACUUCUAACAAGAUCUCAAAAAGGGAACGCGAUAAUACUAAUAUUAAUGAAUUUGAAACUGUCGAGGAACUUACCAAAGUUAUAGAGCCUGAUGAAAAGCAAGCUAUGGAUCACAACUUGCAACAACUUUUCACCCAUGUUCAACUGUGGCUCAAGGAAGUCAAGGAAGAAGUUUCUAACCUUCAACAACAAUUAUAUGACAAGAUCAUGAAAGAAAGACAAGUGAGCAAGUUAUUUGAAGAAAUGCGGUGAUGAAUAAUAUGCGAGUUUUUGUAGAAACUACAAGCAUCUAAUGCAUUAUAAAAAAGGAAACCUUUUACUCGAUUCUUUGACAAAGAAUUUAUCGAAAUU